AUGGCAGACGCAAGCGAUAGGAAACUCGCGCUCCGUACCCACAAGGUUAUUCCAGACGUGCUCACCGAAGACCUCAAUCUGUCCUUCGAUCUAACGUUGAAAUGGCCGGAAGCCACACUGGACAGUCCCGGACAAGAACUCGAUCGGGAGAAGACUCAAACCGAGCCCGAGGUUUUGUUGAACCCAGCACCUUCCGAACCCCUCGAUAACCUAAUCUUGAUCAUGACAGACCCAGAUCUCAUGAUGAACAACGACACCUACUUCGGCCAAGUGCGGCACUGGCUGGUGACAAAUCUCACUGCUAAUCCAGACGGCAAAUUGUCCCACCAUGCCUCGGCUGAACGAUCACCAUACGUUGGACCAGCGCCGCUUCCAAAUUACCUGUACUCCCGGCCCCAUCGCUACGUCUUCAUUCUAGCCCGGGCGGGAGAGAAAAUCGCCGUGACGCCGGAGGACCUUCGCGAGCUGCAGCAGCCGUACAUGGCGGCUGUUGCAGGGAAGCAGGGCGAGGUGCAGGAUCUGAAAGAUCGAUGGGGGUUCAAUGCGCAGAAGUUGGUGGAGAAGAAGGGGCUGGAGGUAAAGGCGGUAACUUUUAUGCGUGUAGGGGGGAAUCUGAAGAGUGCGGGUGCUAAUAUGGGGAUGAUGGGUCAGGCUAUGGUGGACAAGGUUAUCGGAGCUUGA